GUGUUUGAGGUUCGUCUCCCUCUUACUGAGGGGAGUACGUGGAGGCUGCUAUGGGUGUGUGGGAGGGACGCCACAUUCACUGCUUCUCUGCUUCUCCGCCCAGGUAUGUUUAGUUCUUUUGACCUCCGGACGAUAAUCAUGAUCAUCAUUGGUAGUGGGAUCCUGGCAGCCAUGUUUCUACUGACAGGAGUUGUGCUCUGUCUUUACUCCAAAAUAGCCAGGGCUCUGAAUCCAUGUGGAACUGGAAAGGAGUUAGACGAUCAACUCUGUUCUGAUCCGUGCAAGACCACCCAGGAUCAGAUCAUCCGGGUCAACAGCCUCAAUGCUGACACUUGCCGUCCCUUCCACGGCAGCACAAUUGGUCUUGAGAACUGCCAGCCCCUCCAGUGUUUCAGUGCAUGUGGCACGUAUGAAGGCGCUAACUCCCUGACACCUUGCCUUUGUAACACAAAGGAAGGACUCUGACACGACACUGGCGGAUAAAAGGAAAUCUUCACCAUCAGUAUUUCAAUUUCUUAGUACAAUAUUUUCUU